GUCACAGGGGCUGGUCGAUGGCGCCAUCUGGUCACCAGCAGAAUCGCAUUCAGAAUGCGCAUGCUUGGCUCUGCAAGUGGUGUACGAACGACAAGACGGGCGAGAGAUGGUGGAAUCGGGGGGAUUGCACGCACUGCGAGGCGCGCAAGCUCGCCAAAGGUGAGCGUCUCAAGAAGGAGGCCGCCGCCAAGGAUCGGGAGAUUCCGGAUUUCAAGAAGCAGCUCGAGGCCUCCAAGCAGUCAGGUGGUGGGUCAGCGGCCAUGCAGGUCGACAGCUCUGGUGACAAGACCGUCGGCUCGGAGUCCGACAAAGCGGUGCUCAAACGGCUCACUGCCGCCAUCGCCGCCAUCGGGGACGCCCCCGACGAGUUCCUGGCGUCACGCAAGGCUGCGAUGGUGGCGGAGCAGGAGAGGCUCAGGGCCAAGAUCCUGGCCGACAAGCCGAUCAGCGCCCGCCUCCACCUCCUCACGAAUCGCUGCACGGCGCUCGAGAAGAAAAAGGAGCGCCAGCUCGCAGCCCUGGACAAGCUCCACGCGCAGAUCUACGCGAGCCAGUUGUCGGUCGCCGAACCGGAGAAGGCGCUGCUGGAGACGUCCAAGGAGCUUGUGGCCGCCGAGGCGGACAGGCGAAGCGCUGCGGCGCUGGCGCCCCGCCCUGAGGCUGGUGUCUACUCCCUGCAAGCGACGAUCCCCGCCUUGGACAUGUCGGUCGCCGACGUUGGCAAGAUGCUGGAGGCGAUCGGUGCGGAUUCGUCGUUGGCCGAGUCGAUCCAGGCUAACUUCGCGAAGCUGCGUGAGCUCGAUGCUGCUGCAGCGGCGCGGAGCCGCCAGCAGGAGAGAGCUGCUCCAGCCGAGACGCCCGCCAGCGCCGCGGCGAGCUGCGCAG